CGUAAAUUCCACAAUUUAUUAAUUUUAAUGAGAAUUUAAUUUUUUAAAAUUUUAUAUUUAAUCGCAAUUAAAAAUGUUUAAAUUAUUUUUUACCCUCAUCCUAUCCUUCCUGAAUGUGUGUUGUUAUGUGAGUGAAAAUUCGAUUUCGGGUACUGGGCUAACUCAGGCGAUUUUAUACAGUGGAAGAAUCGUAGGUGAAAUGUCACCUGGCGAACUUGAAAAGAUUCUAAACACCAUUCCUCCCCUCGAUCACGUCAUUCUCUUCUACAUUAAUCUCAAUCAAGACUGCAGAGACUUCUUUCCGUUGUAUUCUCAGUUGUAUUAUGAUUUAUUGAGUGAGGGUUGGAAGUUAAAGUUUGUGAAGUUUAACUGUCAGGGCGUUGAUAAGCGACUUAAAAUGUGCCGAGAUUAUAACAUCAAUGUUGUUCCUACAAUCGCUUACAUCUCAAGUUAUCCUCUACAACGGUGGAAUAUACCUGAAAAAUCCUAUUUACGUAAACUACUACGGUUCCUCCUCCAUGAUCAUCAAUCCGACAUACUACUACAAAAUGCCACAAAGUAUAGGGGUGAUAUAUUUGCGUAUGAUCAAUUGAGGGAUUGGGUGUUGUUGAUGUAUAACAUAUCAUCGUUGAAUCGGAGAAUCGGCACACGUGAAAGUAUGAUCAAGUUCCUCAAGGAUACUUGGAACUCUUUUAUCACCUUCUUUAAAAAAUGAACACACAUAAUUUACUCAGUAAUAUAAUAUUAAGAGGAA